UCUCUCUCUCUCUCUCUCUCUCUCUUCCAUUUUGCAUUUUCUUUCACCGGUCACCACCAGUCUCAGCUAUUCACACCACCGUUCAUUCCAUCUUUCUCCGCCUCCACGUCGACAGAUCUUCUCCGUUCUGGGUCUCAUCGGCUGAUACUUUUUUGGUAUCCCCUGCAACCUAUAAAAGCCAUAUAUACUCCUUCUUCACCUGCUAAGAUCUACUGGAAGUGUUAGUCGCCGUCGAAGUUGCAGUCUUUCGGUACAGAUGACCUGUUAAGAGCUGGGUUUAUCUUGCUUUGCUUUGAUAUGGCAGCGGUGACAUCGCCGGAAGCGCAUCACAGCUGGACGGACUCUUACAAAGGGAUGUCCGCUGAUAACAUCAAAGGAUUAGUGUUGGCAUUGUCUUCUAGCUUCUUUAUUGGUGCAAGCUUCAUUGUGAAGAAAAAGGGUCUGAAAAAGGCCGGCGCUUGUGGAGUUAGGGCAGGUGUGGGAGGUUACUCAUACUUAUAUGAACCACUAUGGUGGAUUGGCUUGAUCACAAUGAUUGUCGGAGAAAUUGCUAAUUUCGCAGCUUAUGCAUUUGCACCUGCUAUAUUGGUAACUCCACUUGGUGCACUCAGCAUUAUAAUCAGUGCUGCACUUGCUCAUGUUAUGUUAAAGGAAAAGCUACAUAUCUUUGGGAUUCUUGGUUGUGUUCUCUGUGUGGUGGGUUCUACCACAAUUGUUCUACAUGCCCCUCAGGAACGUACAAUCGAAUCAGUCCCAGAAGUAUGGCAUCUUGCAACAGAGCCUGGUUUUCUUCUCUAUUUUGUUAUUGUACUGACAACUGUUUUUGUACUCAUAUUCCAUUAUAUCCCUCAAUAUGGACAAACGCAUAUAAUGUGUUACAUUGGAGUUUGUUCGUUGGUUGGUUCUUUGUCUGUGAUGAGUGUGAAAGCUCUAGGAAUUGCCUUGAAGCUGACCUUAUCAGGAAUUAAUCAACUAAUAUAUCCCCAAACAUGGGUCUUUGCCAUUGUUGUUGCUACAUGUGUGAUUACCCAAAUGAAUUAUCUGAAUAAGGCUCUUGACACAUUCAACACCGCUGUUGUAUCUCCCAUCUACUAUGUUAUGUUUACAUCUCUAACCAUACUAGCUAGUGUAAUCAUGUUCAAGGAUUGGGAUAGACAGAAUCCUACCCAAAUUGUGACAGAAAUGUGUGGUUUUGUGACAAUCCUUUCUGGGACAUUUCUUCUCCACAAAACUAAGGACAUGGGUGACAGUGGACUGAGCACCUCUCCAUCGAUGAGGCUUCUGAAGCAUGCAGACGAUGAAGAGGCUUUUAUGCAAGAAGGUAUUCAGCUGAGAAAGCAAGAUUCAUUGAGAUUGCCGUUAUAAGAAUUUCUUAUAAUGGAACAAAAGCGCACUCAUUUGAGGUACAACAUUGGCUUCUUAUUCUUAUUAUUUUCUCUUUUUGAUAUGUAAUAUACAACAGAGAGAAGACAAGGGAGAGUGGGAUAUCACAAAUAUAGUUAUAAUAGAGAAAUGUAAUUUCAUGAUUGAGAAUAAUAGUGUUGGAUUAUUGAUUUUAUUUAGGUCAGAAUUCAGAACCAUAGUUGUUCGAGAUCAAAAUUCUUUUCUUUUUAUGGCAAAGCAAACCAAUUA